AUGCCCGCCCGCGCCCCUGCACCUCGCCCGCCGCGGCUGCCCGCUCGGUUGCCCCUGCUGCUGCUGCUGGUCCUGCGCGCCCGCUGCCUGCGCGCGGAGCCCGGCCAGGGCGCACGGACCUGGGCCCGCUUCGCGCGCGCCCCGGACCCGGAGGCCGCGGGGCUCCUCCACGACACGUUCCCCGACGGCUUCCUCUGGGCCGUGGGCAGCGCCGCCUACCAGACGGAGGGUGGCUGGCGACAGCACGGCAAGGGCGCGUCCAUCUGGGACACGUUCACCCACCAAUCCUGGGCGGCGACCCCCGGCCCCUCGUCGUCGGACUCCCCGCCGCCGCCGCCGUCGUCACCUUCUCCUCCGCCUGCCACGGGAGACGUGGCCAGCGACAGUUACAACAACGUCUUUCGGGACACCGAGGGGCUGCGUGAGCUCGGGGUCACCCACUACCGCUUCUCGAUUUCGUGGGCGCGGGUGCUCCCCAAUGGCAGCGCGGGCGUCCCCAACCGCGAGGGGCUGCGCUACUACCGGCGCCUCCUGGAGCGGCUGCGCGAGCUGGGCGUGCAGCCCGUGGUCACCCUGUACCACUGGGACCUGCCCCAGCGCCUGCAGGACGUCUACGGCGGCUGGGCCAGCCGCGCCCUGGCUGACCACUUCAGGGAUUACGCCGAACUCUGCUUCCGCCACUUUGGAGGUCAGGUCAAGUAUUGGAUCACCAUGGACAACCCCUACGUGGUGGCCUGGCAUGGCUAUGCCACCGGACGCCUGGCCCCGGGCGUCCGGGGGAGCUCCCGGCUUGGGUAUCUGGUGGCACACAACCUUAUUCUGGCUCAUGCAAAAGUCUGGCAUCUCUACAAUACCUCUUUCCGCCCCACUCAAGGAGGCCAGGUGUCCAUUGCCUUAAGCUCCCACUGGAUCAAUCCUCGAAGAAUGACUGAUGAUAACAUCAAACAAUGCCAAAAAUCCCUGGACUUUGUCCUAGGCUGGUUUGCCAAACCCAUAUUUAUUGACGGCGACUAUCCUGAGAGUAUGAAGAGUAACCUUUCAUCUCUUUUGCCUGAUUUUACGGAAUCAGAGAAAAUGUUCAUCAAGGGGACAGCUGACUUUUUUGCUCUUUCCUUUGGACCAACCUUGAGUUUUCAGCUCUUGGAUCCUUACAUGAAGUUCCGCCAAUUAGAAUCUCCCAGCCUGAGGCAGCUCUUGUCCUGGAUUGAUCUGGAAUAUAACCAUCCUCAAAUAUUUAUUGUGGAGAAUGGUUGGUUUGUCUCUGGGACCACCAAAAGAGAUGAUGCCAAAUACAUGUAUUACCUCAAAAAGUUCACCAUGGAGACCUUAAAAGCGAUCAGGCUGGACGGGGUCAGCGUCAUCGGGUACACGGCGUGGUCCCUCCUGGAUGGUUUUGAGUGGCACAGGGGUUAUGACAUCCGACGCGGGCUCUUCUAUGUUGACUUCCUGAGCCGGGACAAGAAGCUGCUGCCGAAGUCUUCGGCCCUGUUCUACCAAAAGCUGAUACAGAGCAAUGGCUUCCCUCCUGUACCUGAAAAUCAGCCCCUGCAGGGGACGUUCCCCUGUGGCUUUGCUUGGGGCGUUGUCGACCACUACAUGCAAGUCGACACCACCCUCUCUCAGUUUACCGACCCUAACGUGUACCUGUGGGAUGUGCAUCACAGUAAGAGGCUCAUCAAGGUGGACGGGCUGGUGGCCCGGAAGAGGAAAUCCUACUGCGUCGAUUUCUCUGCCAUCAGGCCCCAGAUAGCCUUACUCCGGGAGAUGCACGUUUCUCACUACCACUUCUCUCUGGACUGGGCCCUGAUCCUGCCCCUGGGUAACCAGUCCCAGGUGAACCGCACGAUCCUGCACUUCUACCGCUGCGUGGUGGGCGAGCUGGUGCGUGCCAACAUCACCCCGGUGGUGGCCCUGUGGCAGCCUGCGCCCCCGCACCACGGCCUGCCGCCGGCCCUGGCCAGGCAGGGCGCCUGGGAGAACCCGCACACCGCCCUGGCCUUUGCCGAGUACGCCGGCCUGUGUUUCGAGGAACUGGGCCACCGGGUCAAGUUCUGGAUCACCGUGAGCGAGCCGAACACACGGAACAUGACCUAUCGCUCCGGGCACCACCUCCUGAAGGCGCACGCGCUGGCUUGGCGCCUGUAUGAUGAGAAGUUCAGGCACAGCCAGAAAGGCAAGAUCUCCAUAGCCUUGCAGGCAGACUGGAUCGAACCGGCCUGCCCCUUCUCCCAGAAGGACAAGGAAGUGGCCGAGAGAGUGCUGCAAUUUGACAUCGGCUGGCUGGCGGAGCCCAUUUUCGGCUCCGGAGAUUAUCCGGGAGUGAUGAGAGACUGGCUGAGCCAGAGAAGCAAUUUCCUCCUGCCUUACUUCACCGAAGACGAGAAGAGGCUGAUCCGGGGCUCCUUUGACUUUCUGGCUGUCAGUCAUUACACCACCAUCCUCGUCGACUGGGAGAAGGAAGAUCCGCUCAAGUACAACGAUUACCUGGCGGUGCAAGAGAUGACCGACAUCACGUGGCUCAACUCUCCCGGCCAGGUGGCAGUGGUCCCCUGGGGGCUGCGCAAAGUGCUGUCCUGGCUGAGGGCCAGGUACGGAGACCUGCCGGUGUACAUAACAGCCAAUGGCAUUGACGACGAUCCCCACCAAGAGCAAGACCAGUUGAGGGUGUAUUAUGUCCAGAAUUACCUGAAUGAAGCUCUGAAAGCCUCUGUACUUGAUGGUGUUAAUCUCUGUGGCUACUUUGCUUAUUCAUUUACUGAUCGCUCAGCUCCAAACUUUGGCUUUUAUCGUUAUGCUGUGAAUCAGUUUGAGCCUAAACCGUCCAUGAAACAUUACAGGAAGAUCAUCGACAACAAUGGUUUCCUGGACUCGGAUGCCCUGGGAAGGUUUUGUCCGGAAGAAUACACCGUGUGCGCCGAGUGCAGCCUUCCUCACUCCCGGAAGUCUUUAUUGGCCUUCAUCGCUUUUCUAUUUUUUGUUCUUAUUAUUUCUCUUUCUCUUAUUUUUUACUACUCUAAGAAAGGCAGGAGAAAUUAUAAAUAGUGUGAAUGUUUUGUGAUCCAUUUGUUUUGAAAUAAUUAUGCACACACAUCAGCUUUGAGUGAUUUUAUACCUGUCAGUGUUGUGAAUCUCAUUUUCAUACACCUUUUUGUCACAUAUGACAGAGGUUUUGAAACAGGUAUAGGCUGAUGAUCAAAUAUCGAUAAAAUGAGCAGUGCCUGAAUUUGUUCUCUUUUUGGGUGAUUGAGAAAUUGACAGGCACCAUAAUUUCCCCCUUUAAGGAAAGCAGGAAAAUGGAAAUCCUAACCAAUGCUGAUUGGAUAGAAAUGUAAAGGAACGAUUAGGAAUAUUUUGUCUAAGCCCAUUUUUAAAUUUCUUUUUUUAAAGAGUAAUAAUCCCUCAAUUGCCAUGACAACAUCUAAUGCUAAUGUCUUUACCUCACUCCAUUUCUCAUGUUGGAGAUGGCAGAAUGGUUUGGGGGGGGGGGGCUUAGGCUAAAGCAUUGCUUUAAACACUGCUAAUAUGAACUUACGUGUCUUGUUAACUAUGUAUGCAGAAAGCAGAGUAUGGAGCUCUUUAUUUUAUAUGAAUAAGUGUCCUUGAUGGCUUUCUGUUACUUGGCUCGUUGAAAGCCUGCACAUUGGAGACAUUUGAUAAAUGUUGGCAAAACAUCAGGGUGAGUCAUGAGUCUCUUCAGGAAGCAGAAGUCCACUGUGAAAUGCAGUCACUCCAGCAGCUCUAGAAGAAGGGAGGAGAAUGUUGUUUGUAUGAGCAGCAUAAGCAAUUUGGCUAUACAUCCUUUUACUUUAUUUUAUCUUAUUUUAGACACACACACACACACACAACACACACACACACACACACACACACACACAGAGAGAGAGAGAGAGAGAGAGAGAGAGAGAGAGAGAGA